UCUUCAAGCCACGUCAUUGUUGUGGACUGGCGAUAUAGGGUAGUGCCGUCGUAAAUUUAUCUGGAAAAAUGAAUAUUUUUAGGCUUGUUGGUGAUCUUUCACAUCUUUUGGCAAUUAUAAUACUUCUGCAGAAGAUAUGGAAGAGCAGAUCCUGCGCAGGUAUAUCGGGCAAAUCGCAAGUUCUCUUUGCCAUAGUCUACACAGCUCGAUACCUGGAUCUGUUCACGACAUACAUCUCGGCCUACAACACCAUCAUGAAGGUGUUCUUCCUUGCUGCAUCUUACGGUACUAUCUACCUGAUGUAUGUCAAGUUCAAAGCCACCUAUGACCACAACCACGACACCUUCCGAAUCGAGUUUCUGAUUAUUCCCGCUGCUGCCCUAGCUCUACUGAUCAACCAUGCUUUUGAUGUGCUUGAGAUACUGUGGACAUUCAGCAUCUACCUGGAGUCUGUCGCUAUCCUACCUCAGCUGUUCUUGGUGAGCAAGACUGGUGAAGCUGAGAGCAUCACGUCGCAUUACCUGUUUGCUCUCGGCUCCUACCGUGCGCUGUACCUCCUCAACUGGAUAUACCGAUACUACGCUGAAGACCAUUACGAUCUUAUCGCCAUCGUCGCUGGAGUUGUACAGACCGUGUUGUACUGUGACUUCUUCUACUUGUACAUCACCAAGGUCUUAAAAGGGAAGAAGCUCCAGUUGCCAGCUUAGAGAGGAAAAGGAAGAAGAGUCUAAGACUCGAGUCAUGGUCAUAAAUGGCCCUGCAACUUAUGUAUUAUAAUAUUCUGUCAGUUGAAAGUGGGCUACGUUGUAGUACCCACUGUAAUAGACUACACAACAUUUUAUUUAUAAUGGAUGAAUGUAAUAAAUAGAUUAGACGUAGGCAAACGUAUUUCAUUCUCCCAAAGUAUGUUAACGCACAUUUGAGUUGAUUACCCCUCGUAUCCCCAUUGUUGUUUUUUAAAUGUUUACGUGUAAAUAGCUUUUGGCUAUUCGGCCGCUAGAGUUUUAGGGUGCCGAUGGCAGUUUGGGGAAUAUUUUUAUUCUAGUAAAUGAUCUAUAGGUGAAAAUUUGACUACCUACGAUCUUUUUUUUUAAGCGUAUUAGCUGUUCCAGAUUGAAUUAUUUUUUUAAAUUUUAGGAACUGUAUAUCACAAUAGAAUGACUUUAUUAUACGUCUGCAUUGUUAUAUGUAAUAUUUUCAACAUGCUGUAUAAAAGGUACUUAAAUGUAGUAAUGAACAUUUAGAAGAAAAAAACUAAAUUUCCCAUCUGUGUGAAAUAAUAUUUUUACUGUUAAUGUAUUUAUAAACACUACUAGCUGUACCCGCGGGCUUUGCCCCGUUUAACUUCAUACUUGAGCUCGUUCGCAUGGCUCAAUCACGUCCUGGUUGAAGUUCGUUCGCUACGCUCACUCACCUUUACGUUGGAGCUCGUUCGCUGCGCUCACACGUCCUGGUUGAAGUUCGUUCCCUACGCUCACUCACCUUUACGGUUGGAGCUCGUUCGCUGCGCUCACUUGCCUUCGGGUUAGCUCGUUCGCUACGCUACCUCGCCUCCGGGUUGAAGUUCGUUCGCUACGCUCACUCACCUUUUGGUUUCAAAUUAGCUGUUGUCAAAUAUUUAAAAAAAUAAUAGUGCUGCACUCUGUUGGUAAUCCUUGUAACUUUAAUGCUAUUGAAUAUCAUAGAACAGAACCAACCUGUUUAAUUGAAACAGCUGUUAUGAUUCAUUAAUUCCAUUUAAAUAUGAGUACUCAUUAGGUUAACAUGGGAAACUCCAGAGCCACUGGGGCGGAGCCCGAGAGUCCGAUCAGAAUAAAAACCACUUAGUUUUCCUAUUUAAUGCCUAAAGAAUCAGUGUACCAAAUUUCAGCCUCCUAGGUAAGUGGGAAGUGGGAGAAUUAGUGAUGAGUGAGUGAGUGAGUCAGUCAGUCAGUCAGUCAGUCAGUCAGUCAGUGAGGGCUUUGCCUUUUAUAUAUAUAGAUUUAUAAACACCCCCACAUUACACGUCAGUAGAUUGAUAAAACCUUAAUAAGAAUGGGUUUAUAUCUGUUUAAAAUGGUCUUGUUUAAUUCUUUCUUAAUUGAUUGGGUGUGCGGUGUGUGUUGAAUUUUUGUGUUGAUCAUUUUAGGUUAAGUCUAUACAAAAGCCAAAGACGUAGGUCUUUAUUAACAAUCAUAGAUAUAACGUUUUCCGUUCCUUUUUGGAGAUUUGUUACAUGCAUUUAAAUGUAAGUUGAUAGAAUUGACUGGAUUUGAACUAGAUUCAAAAAUGGAUUUUGUAUUGUUUUUAACAUUUUUCAUUUGUUACUUUAGUAUGUACAAAUAUAAAGGACCUGUAGCUCUAAAUAAGUCUUAGUUGAAAUAAACUUGUAAUAAUUUAAUGAAUAAGAAAUAUAGUCUAUUGUAUUUGUGUAAUCUUUUGAAUUGUACAUUUUUCUUUUUAUUUAUGUUAUAAAAUAUCUUUCAAUGUUUUGAUUCUUUUAUAAUAAUCUUAUAUGCUUUGCUAGUUUAACUUUCACCAAACUUUGUUUAUGUCAUGGCAAAAUAUUUAUGCCUAAUAAAUAAACAAUUGUAUAUUGCGGAGCUAUAUACACAACAUGAUUUAGACUUAAAUUAUUGAGCACCUAAAAACUAUUUUCUGUUCAUGUUUCAUGGUUCGUAAAGAAACAAGUUCACAAGAGCUUUUUAUAACACUUUCUAUGAAGAAAAAGAAAUGUUGAUGAUUUUUUUAUGCAAUAAAGACAGUUUAAGGGCUAUGCGCAACAACGAAGAAAGAGGAAACCAUAUGAGUGUGAAAUGUCUUGUGUAAAUGAAUUUUUCUUUAUUAUUAUAGAUCUUCUAUUCUGAAUUUUAUCUUUUAUUUACUCUCAACUUCCUUGGCUAAAGACUUACAUAUAGAUUGUCUUUGUGGACAAGCAAAUUAGUAUUAGAACAACACUAAAAUUAUGUAUCUACAGUUUCUUGUUAGCACUUUACUCCCUGAGUACCUGUCAAUCAGUUUCUGGCAUUCUAAAACUCUUUAAGAUCUCUAGCCGUUUUGGUGCUAACAUAAGAUUAUGUAAUGGUUUAGCAAAAGUUAUUUUAUGUAUAUGCUGAAUAAUUGUGAAUAAACAUUUUUAUUAAUGUA